ACAAUGGGAUGGUUCAAUUCCCUGUCAAUCAGGAUCCUGGGCACUGUGAUUAGACUUUGAUCCAGAUUGUGAUUAGUCAGACUUCCUGUCAAUCAGGAUCUUGCCACACCCCACAACCAUUGGGUCACUCACAAACUCUCCCCUCUGUCUUUCUCUCGCUCCUGCAGAGACGAGCUGUUUGCAAAAAGUGAUUCAAAGUUCGAAGGUCUAAGUAGUCUCAGCAGAAUCGGAACACAGGCAGACGGAAACAUUGGAAGCAUGUUCAACGUCGGCAAAUGGCACGAAACGGGCUCCGCCAAGGGUCGAGAUGAAUCAUUUUACCCAUGUGAACACCUACGCUGCAAUCGAUGGGAAAAGAUGCAGUACAGUGUAAAGCCAGACUACAAGGUUCUACGGGCAGGGGAAAGCGACCGGGCUAGCUUCCAGCCGACACACCUGUCCCACGUCACCACCUUUACCGGUGCCCAAGGAAUCUUCUCCAGCGGCACUUUCAGCAGCCACAUUCCGAAGAACAUUGGAGUGAAAGAACAUUUCUCAUGGUGGAGUCCUGAAAUAUCUGAAAAUGAGAAGGAGAGAGAGAAAAACAAGUACAAACAGAUCAUAGAAGCCAAUGCUCGGCCUUCAGACACAAUACAUCAUUUCUUCAACUCUCCUCCUUUCCAAGAGGAAUCUCGAUACGGGAAUUUCAAGUUCACCUACGACAUGAAGAGUCUGUUCGAGAUGUACGAGAACUCGGUGUGUGGCGGCAGGCGAGCCGAGUUCCGGGUCCUGGGCACCUUCAAAUACAAGCAGGAGGUCAUGCACGCCGUGGUGGUGUGUCCCCCCUCGGAUGUUGUUCCCUUGUUCAGCCGCUGCCCCCCCGUUGGCAACGACACCCAGGCGGUCGUUUCCAAAUCCGGCCACGGUUGGAUGUGGAGACCCGAUUCAACCCGAAACAAGUUGAAGCCUUACUGCUGCUGGGAUCACGUCUCCUUGGCUUUCUACCUGCCCCGCGGGAACCCGGAGUUCCCGCUCCCUCCCGGAACCCCGCCAGUCACCUGCUGCAAGGAGUCGGUGCGGAAUCUUCUCCCUCAGUGCAGCAUUACACCGGAGUGGGAAUUUCAUUGGUGCUUGGAGAUAUUGCGAGAGAUCUGGGAAGCGAGUGGCUGAGCUGAAAAUUCACUUACCUCAGAAUUCGUUAGAUAUGUAGGAAAGAACUGCAGAUGCUGGUUUACAUAGAAGAUAGACACAAAAUGCUGGAGU